AUGGGGCGAUUUGAAGGUAAAGAGAAAGUACAUAUUUGCUUUCUUAUAGGCACUUAAACUAUUAUUCUUAUAGAAGAGGAAGAGGAGGAUGAGAUGGAGACUGAGGACCGCGAUAGUGAGGAUGCAGAAAAACCAAGCAUAAACUUUGACCCCAGUCUUCCAACUUCACAUGCUGUGGGUUUCAUAUUUACAUCUAUAAAGUAUUGUUGUACAGCUGUAUCAUUGAGUAUACAGUUCUGGGUUUUCUACACUGCACUAAUGCUUCUGCCCCCCUCCUCCCAGUACUUGGGUUUAGACAUGGAAGAGUUCCAUGGGCGUACGGUGCACGAUGACGACAGCUACCAGACAAUCCCAGUGCUGCCAUUCACAGCCGUCAUGCUUAUACCUGGACAGACCCUGCCGCUGCAGCUCUUCAGACCGCAGGAGGUCAGCAUGAUGCGUAACAUCAUCCAGAGAGACCGCACCUUUGCUGUGCUUGCACACAGGUAGGGAGGGAGAGGAGGACAGAGUGGGAAGACUGGGAAUGGGCUCAGUUUAGGGUGAUCACAUGUCCCGGAUUGUGCGGGUUCAGUCCUGCAUUUUGGCCCUUUGUCCAGCAAACAAAUAAUCUUCCCGCAUUUUAUCAACAAAUUUGAGCGGUUUGCUGAUGUCAACGUUGUGAACAGAGUUACCCCAUGGUGGGCUUAUGGUAUGGCCAGGCAUAAGCUACUGACAAUGAAUACAUUUGCAUUUUAUCUAUGGAAAUUUGAAUGCCAUUCAUCCAACGCCAUCACCUCAUGUUUCAGCCUGAUAAUGCACGGCCCCAUGUCGGAAGGAUCUGUACACAAUUCCUGGAAGCUGAAAAUGUCCCAGUUCUUCCAUGGCCUGCAUACUCACCAGAUAUGUCACCAAUUGAGCAUGUUUGGGAUGCUCUUUACGACAGCGUGUUCCAGUUCCCGCCAAUAUCCAGCAACUUUGCACAGCCAUUGAAGAGGAGUGGGAAAACAUUCCACAGGCCAUUAUGCCCCGUGUAGCUCAGUUGGUAGAGCAUGGCGCUUGCAACGCCAGGGUUGUGGGUUCGAUUCCCACGGGGGGCCAGUAUGAAAAUGUAUGCACUCACUAACUGUAAGUUGCUCUGGAUAAGAGCGUCUGCUUAAUGACUAAAAUGUAAAUGUAAAUAAUCAACAGCCUGAUCAACUCUAUGCAAAGGAGUUGUGUCGCGCUGCAUGAGGCAAAUGGUGGUCACGCCUGAUACUAACUGGUCUUCUGAUCCAUGCCCCUACCUUUUUUUUUAAAGGUAUCUGUGACAAACAGUUGCAUAUCUGUAUUCCAUAGAUUAGUGCCUGAUGAAUUUAUUUAAGUUGACUGAUUUUCCUUAUAUGAACUGUAACUCAGUAAAAUCUUUGAAAUUGUUGCAUGUUGCGUUUAUAUUUUUGUUCAGUAUAUAUUGUGCAGUGUAGUAAAGUUAGAUCAAAGCUGAAUCAAUGUAUUGGAAGAUCACAUAAUAAUGAAUUAGUAUUCUACAUAACAGACCCAAAUAUAAUAGCAUAGUAUAACGUUACUGUUACACCAAAAACACCACCAAAGUUCUUAUGAGCUUUUAGGAUGGUUAGCUGAAUAGUCCCAAAAAAAUGAUCAUGCUGCCAAAACUCAACAGCACACACCACUAGGCAGAACGUGCUUUGAUUGAAACAAAGUACAGGACGGCUAUAUUUGUAAACACCAUCUUCUCUAAUUUGCUCACGAAACAGUAAUUCAAGAAGAUCUAAAUGCAUAUUCCAAUGAAACCGAUUGAGAUCAAAUGAUUUAUAUACAGAUGCAGACAUUACACCAUAAAAUGUGAAUAAUUGUUAUUUACGAUUGACAGUGAUAAUGGCAUAUUUAGAAAUUAAGUAUGCCUAACUUGGUGUUUGAGGCUAUUCAAAAUAGAAAAUGUUCUUGAGAAAAUAUGUGUGGGCGUAGGCGGGCAUUGGGCAUAGGCAGGGGUGGGGAAUGUGAAUGUCCCGCAAAAUCAUCCUGUUUUUAAUGUGGUUACCAUAGCUGUGUUCCAAUUGGCUACCCCUCUCUACAAAGUUUUCUCUUGCUCACUCUCUGUCAUGUAUUUGAAUGCAUUGGAUUGGUGUGUCGUGUGUGAGCACAGUAGGGUGUUCUUAAUUAGAUGUUUGUGUCUGUCUGUACCCCUCACCUCACCCUCCAGUGACACAGGCGAGGUGCAGGCAGAGUUUGGGACGACGGCUGAAAUCUAUGCUUACCGGGAAGAGCAAGAGUACGGCAUCGAGACGGUCAAAGUGAAGGCAGUCGGACGGCAGCGGUUCAAGGUCCAUGAGAUCAGAACCCAGGCCGAC